GUGAAAUGCACGGUUGAAAUUCAAACGCCCGAAAUCAUCUACACAACCCGGAUCAAAAUAAAAAAAAAACUAUGUUAGUACGGAUAUAUCCAAGUUAAACAGAGUGCGAGUUCGAGUGAUCGUUUGUGAACUAAUUAUUUAUAUAAAAAAAAAAAACAAUACACUAAAAAUGCUCAGGUUCACCAGAAGACAAUGGCUGACGUUAAUCGUCAUCGGCGUGGCGGAUUUCUGCAACGCCAUCUGCGUCUCCCUGCAAGCUCCAUUCUACCCCCAAAUCGCGGAGAGCAAAAACUGUACAGCCACCGAAUACGGCCUCGUCUUCGGCAUCUUCGAAUUCACAGUAUUCCUCAUCAGCCCGUUCUACGGUCAGCAUCUGCACAAGCUCGGCCCCAAGUUGGUCUUCAACGCGGGCAUCUACACCACCGGCAUAUGCGCCAUACUCUUCGGGCUAUUGGAUAAAAUCCAGGAGCGCACUCCCUUCAUCGUCCUCAGCUUCACCAUUCGGAUAGUCGAGGCGUUGGGCAACGCCGCCUUUCUCACCGCCAGCUUCGCCAUUAUAGCACAGGAGUUUCCCAACAAUGUUGCCACGACAUUCGCUUGUUUGGAGACCUUCUUCGGCUUGGGUUUGAUAUUCGGCCCGACCGUCGGCGGGGCUCUCUUCCAAGUAGGCGGCUACACAUUACCCUUCGCCGUGAUGGGAUCAGCUCUCUUCCUAUCAGCCGUCCUCACGGCCUUCGUCCUCCCCAAACACGAGUCGGGAAAAGACAGAAAAGUCGCCCCCUCGGCCUUCCAAGCGCUGAAGAUCACCGGGGUGCUGCUGUGCACGCUCAGCAUCGUCGCCACCAGCAUGUCCAUCGGCUUCCUGCAGGCCACGCUCGAACCCCAUUUGCGCACCUUCGAUCUGCCGCCCGUGUUGCUCGGCCUCAUGUUCGUCCUCAACGGCGGCACCUACGCCUUGACCGCCCCCGCCUUCGGCUGGUGCUGCGACAAAACGUACGCCCCCAAGUGGGUGACGGUCGCCGGGUGUUUGCUCAUCGCCACCGGCUUCACCAUGGUGGGACCGGCGCCGUUUCUUCCGGUCGAAAAGAAAAUGUGGAUGAUUAUGUUCGGAUUGGUGUUGCACGGUUUGGGGAUGUCCGCUCAAUUGGUGGCCUCUUUCACCGACGCUUUGAGGACUUUAGUGUUGCACGGGUUCCCCAACGACCUGGAGACCUUCGGUUUGAUAUCGGGCAUCUGGACGAGCGCCUUCGCCUUGGGCGCCUUCGUGGGGCCCUCCAUUAGCGGCGUGCUGUUCGACAACAUCGGCUUCGCCAACGCCUCGCUGUUCGUCAUUCUACUGCACGUCGCCGUCGCGGCGCUCACCGCCGCCUUCGUCUUGAUCACCAAAGACAGGACGCCCGUGGUGAAGUUCCAGGACGCCGAGACGGCGGUGGGGGAUCCCUCGGAGAAGUGCCCCGCCGACGACAGCAUCACCGAGAGCUUGAAGAACAUUCGCUCGGUGGGUAACGGGAUAUCGAUAGAGAAAAGUCGCCCGCCGGGGAUGAACAGCCUGAUUGCCUGCAAUAGCUACAAGUCGCAGGCCUGGCCCGAAAGGGACUCGUCCUAUCAGCGCUUGGGACCGUUCAGCUACACCUACGGAGCCGUCAAUCACAAGUAAACCGUUUUCUCGGUGUAGAAAUUGCGCUCUACACGCAUAUAAAUAUUUGGUGAACGUGGGCGAACGUAUACAGGGUGGACGACGGAAUUAUUUAUUUGGUUUUUUUUUUUGCACUUCGUGGUACGAAUAAAUAGAUUUUAUUAGCAA